AUGAAAUUUAUCAGGCUGUUAAUAUAUUUAACCUUUUUUAGCUUUAUUAACCAGUGCUUUAGAAUAUAUGCCCUCCAAAAUGAAUGUGAUUUUAAAUUCAAUGCCAAUUUAUUGUUAAAUAUAUAUGACAGAUAUAAUGGGAAAUAUGUAGAAGAAAAUGAGGGGAAUACAGAUUAUUGUAAUAAUUUAGAGAGUUUAAAUUCUCUAAAGGCAUUUUGGUUAUUAAAAUUAAAGUCACUGUGUACAGAAGAAACAUCUAUUUUGGAUAAACAGGUUUUUAAUAACAUAUGUAGCAAAACAUAUAAAGUGCCACAUGUAACAAUUAGCGGUUUAGAUGUAGGUAGUGGAGUUGUUAAUAUUGAAUUUUUUUGUGCUCAUUUUUUAUAUAGUAAUAAUAAAGAAAUUAUAAAAUGUGUAAGACACAACGAUUUAAAGAAUUAUUUAGAUACUUACCAUAUAGCAUUUGACUUAUCCGUUUCACAAGAAUUGUUAAAACAGUCUAAUCAUGUAGACACAGUUUUAAAUUUUAAAAAUAUAGAUGGUUUAGCCCUUACGAAAAGAAUAAUAGACGACUCAGUAUGUAGGAUACAUUCAAGUGUACAUACCAUUAUGAAUAAACAAGAUUUUGAGUUAUUUAAAGCAUUAGUAGGAUUAUGUACAAAAUUAGGAUUUCAUAAUCAUUUUAUUGUAACAGAUAAUAUCCAUCCCUUAGCUACUCCAUUAUUUAAGGAAAUACCGUAUAGCUUAAAUUCAUUGAAUUUUAAUAUACAGAACAGUACUAUGUAUUAUACAAAUUAUGAAUACUUUGUGUAUAAUAUAAAACUAGCUGACAUAGAAUAUAUUUUAGGUUCUUAUGUUUCUCCAUCAGCUCUAACAAUAAGUAAAAAUAAUUCUUACAUCACAUGGAUAGGGUUAAAUAAAGACAAUACACUUUAUAAUAAAAAAUUUGCAGAAUUAUAUAAUCUACUAAAUAAUAAUAAAUAUAUUGAUAGAAUAGUACAGUGUUAUAGUAAAUAUACUUCGAAAUAUUAUGGAAAUAGUAUAAAAUAUUUUUUAAGAUAUAUACCAGAAAAUAAAAGAGAUGUGAUGCAAAAUAACCCCAAAAUAUUCAUUUAUAUUAUUAAUGGUAUAUGUCGAAAUAUCCCAUCUAUUCAUAAAUGUGUAGAAAAAAUUCUUUUCCUUGAUGGAAUUUAUGAUCUCUAUUUUAAAAAUUUUAUGAUUAAUUUUAUAUAUUUCAACGCAGCAUGUAUUUUUAAUUGUAAUCCCGUAGAUUUGGGGAAAAUUAUUAAUGAUGAACAGGUAUGGGACAUUCUUCUACACUACUUUUCCAACGCUUAUUUAGUUAAUUAUAAAAAAAUAAAAAAUACACUCGUCGCAGGGAAGAAUCCUAACAAUAAUGCCCUUGGCACAACGGAUGAUGCAUCAACACCCGAAACAUACAAUGAACUGGCCAAGUCCUACUAUACCAAUUAUGACUAUGAUUACAUUCAUAGCGGAAAGUGGAAAAAAGAAAUUAAUUUAGAGGACGAACAAGCUAUAUUAAGACCUUCAGACGAAGCUGUAGAAUAUGAAUUCUACAAUUACACAUUCCAGACGCUGGACCUUAGUAGCUAUAGCUUUUUCAUAUUGAAAAGCCAAAUGGAAGAGGAUAAUAUCUGCAAAAUUUCAUCUUUCAUAGAAGCCAACGGAAAAAAAUAUGUUCAUGUGAAUAAGUAUAUUUUGGAUUUUUUCAACAAGAACAACAAGAGGGUUCUCUCGCAUUCGGGGGAUAAUAAAGCCACAGUAGGAGGUGGAAGUGGUGCAAGUGGUGGAAGUGGUGGAAGUGGUGCAAAUGAUGGAAGUGAUGGAAGUGAUGGAGGAGAUGGAAGUAGUGGAAGUGAUGGAAAUGAUGGAGAUGAUAAGGAUCAUGAGAACCACAUGAACAGCUUCAACUUUUUUGAUGAUUUCCUGGGAGACGACAAAGAAGGUGGAAGCUUUAUGGAUCUAUUUCAAAACAAUCAUAUAUUUAAUAAGAACAACAAUUUGUUCGAGAAUUUGUACCAUGGAGAGGAUGAUGAAUAUGAAGAAGAUGAUUUAUAUUCAGAUAAGGAAGAACCAUUAGAUAUUGAAAAACAUAAAAUUUCUACAAGCAUUGGAGAUGUGUACCCAUUGAAAAAUGAAUAUACCCUGGAGGAAUUACAACAAGUGUAUGAUAUUCAUCCAGGAUUUAACGAAUUAGAUGAAUCGAUAAGACAUCAUUUUUUUAGGAGCAAAUUAUUCGAAAAAGAAAACUUUUUUACAGUAAAGGGUAUACCAACUAAGAUAGAGAAUUUUUAUAAAUAUAAUUAUGAAACAAAAAAAAAAUUAAAAACUUAUGAUAAAUAUGAUGAUGAACAUUAUAAGAUGUUAAUUAAAAAGUCCAAAGAGGAUCCAGAUAUAUUUUCCAAAAUAGAUGUAGAAUUUACUUGCACAAAAUCUGGUAAAUGGCCAAUUCGUGGUACAUCUGGCAGAUGGCUAUCAGAUGUUUUAUGCGAGACGAAAUUUGUUCCUCAGUUGAUGUAUAACCAUGAAUAUGCAAAAAAAAAGAAUAAAAAGGGGGGAAAAGAAAUAGAUACCAAUUUAUAUACGUUAAAAGAAAACACAAGAUUAAUUGGUAUCGAGUUUGAAGAACAAGAACCAUAUAGAUGUGCUAUUAGUUACCUAGGAGAUGAAAAUAAGAAAACAUUUUUACCAAUAUCUGCAACUUACUUGGUCCAUUUAGCUGUUGGGUAUUGUGCUCUACAUGGUUUUAAAAUAAUUUGGCUAGCUGAUUCUGCCUUUGAUAUACAUACGAAUGUUUAUCUAAGAUAUACAUCUAUCCUAGAACAAGGACAAACAUAUUAUGAACAAAGCAAUUUUGAAAUUUAUGGACAAACUAGAUUAAUAGCUCAACUGGAAUAUAUCGCAUCUGGUAUGAAUAUAGAAAAUAAUAUUAUCACAUCUGGUACUUUUAAAAAUAGAUAUAAUUUAAUUAGUUACCCAGGAGUUGAUUUACCUUUUCUUUUAUUCAUGUCAAAAAAAGUAAAAGAAACUAUAUAUAAUCUAAAAUUUGAUUGUCACAGUUGGGCAUACAAAGGAUGUGCAGAAUAUUACCCAUUAAUGAAAAAAAAAAAAAAAAACGCAAUUGAUGAACACUAUAACACAAUUACACUGAAUGGAAAAUAUUCUUCAAAAGAAAUAGACGAAAUGUAUGAAUGCUCCUUUAUGCAUGAUAAAACUUUCUUAGAACUGAAUAAAAUGUUUCCCAAAGAAUGUACCUUCGGGUCAAGAAUAGGAGAUUGCCAUAAAAAAGUUAGAAAACAUAUUCCAUGUUAUAAUGAGCAGUCAUGUAAGUAUAUAAUUUAUAUUUAUGAAAAUUUUUAUAAGCCACAAAAUCAUGUGAAUUUACUAAAUGAGCAUUUUAUAAAGGUUUCUGAAAAUUUAACCAAAUUAUCGAGACCAUAUUAUUUACAAUCCAUUUUAUCACUUGAACAUGAUAUACAAAUAAAAAAGAGUAAAAAAAUGAAUACCCAAUAUGAAGAAAUUGUAUUAUUUAUAUUGAAAAAUUCCAUAUUUUAUGUUUCUUGGGUGACUUCCAGUGAAUACUGGAAGAGAGCUAUUUACGUACAAGACUCGAAUGUCCUCACGACGUAUAACCAUUUCGAGGAUAAUCAGAACAAGGAAAUGUUUUGCCCCGUUGCUUAUGGGCAUGAGUACAUAGGUCACAUGUUAGUACAGUACAUGAAAUUCCCGAAUGAUUUGUAA